UUAUUCUGUGGAUGGCUUUAUUUGUUAAUCUGAUUGAAAUAAAGUUAACUACAUUAACUUCAUCAGUCAACUGCACUUUGCUUUUGGAGGAUUCAGGGAGAUGUCGUUUAUGGAGGAGGUUAACCUACUUUUAGUGGAUCCUGGAUGCAAUGUUUCCUCUAAAGCUUUAAAAGUUGUAAGUGAAAAAAAAAUGUAGUUUAUAUGCACUUUAUUUGGGUGUAUAACAGGGCUCAAUGGGAGAGACUUUAGUGCAAAGACUGGUAAGUGGCUAAUGGUGUGUGCAUGUAAAGUUGCAGCUUGUAACACUGUAAGGAUGAGCUGUGCACACUGAAAUGAACGCGUGUACAAUAACAACAUUGUAUCCUGCUCAGGCCAGCAGCAAUAAUAAUAGCACUGGGCUAGUUAGGAGCAGAGGCUUCCCCACCCACUUGAGGCGCAGCGCUGCAUAGGCCAUUGCCUGCCUGUGAGAUCCCUCCUGCUGCUCUCAGAGCUGGGAGUGUGAGUGAAUGCAGCUGUAGAGCCAAUGAGCACGGACCGGAUGCGAUAUAUCCUCUGGGACAACAACUGCUCUGUUCCUCCUCACUUCCACAUGACGCCAUUUAGCGCUGCUGCUGCCUGGGAUCCCGAGAGCGGAGCCGCUCAGUCACAUCGCUAGUAUCCGGCAGAGUGUAAGCUCCGCUGUCACACGCACUCAAGGCGCAAUAGCUUCACCUCUGGGAUUUCUCGCUACUUUCACGUUUCCUUCACUUUCUGCAAGAGUUGAAAUUAAGUUGUAUCGGGAUUGUACUCUGUUUCCCUCACACUUCAUUUAGUGGAUACAAGGAUCGCGCUGGAUUGGGGGAGCCUGGAACCCUGACACAUGUUUUCUGUGUCCCUUCCUAUCGGGCUUGGAGAGCUCCUGCUGAAAGUUGCACGAAGCGUAGCCCAGAGUUAACCCCCUAUUGCCCAGUAACGGGAGCGGACGUCACGCAGGAUUUCAGAUGUGUUCUCAGCCCACUGGUGUGAAAACUCUUCAGAGUACUGAUGGAGACGAGAGUACAAAAUGGCAACGUAUCCCAGCCUUUGCUCCCGGCUCGGCGUGACAAUGGACGAUUACACAGUGACACUGACCCACGGGAGAUUUUAACACAGCAAGUUCAUGUUUUGUCCUUGGAACAAAUAAGAGCCAUAAGAAACAGUAAUGAAUAUACAGAAGGGCCCACAGUGGCUCCCCGCCCUGUGAUUAAAUCUGCUCCACGACAGACUACCCAACAGAAAAAUGAAAGAAUACACGUGGUAAAUGAGCAGCGACCUUUUGUCAGGACUCCACAUGCACCAAUGCAUUCCUUGUUUCAGGCAUCUUUGUCUCGAUCAGUUGGUGCAGCCAGUUCAUCUUCUCGGAGCAAUACAAGGACAAGUAGCAGUUCUUCAGAGCAAAGGCUUCUUGUACCACCAUUUACAUCUUCAGGGGUGGUUGCAGACCGAAUAAUUCGAGUACAGCCUAAACCUGAACUGAAAUCUGACAUUUUAAAGCCCUCUAGUAAAGAGGAAUUGGACUUACAUUCAUUAAUGUGUGAGGAUUGUGGAAAAUGUAAGUGCCAAGAAUGCACUUAUCCAAGGACUCUCCCAUCUUGUUGGAUUUGUGACAAGCAGUGCCUUUGCUCAGCCCAGGAAGUAGUUGACUAUGGAACUUGUGCUUGCUGUGUGAAGUGCCUUUUCUAUCACUGUUCAAAUGAUGAUGAGGAUAAUUGUGCGGACAACCCAUGUUCUUGCAGUCAGUCCCACUGCUGCACUCGAUGGUCUGCCAUUGGCGUCAUGGCCUUGUUCUUGCCCUGUUUGUGGUGUUACCUUCCAGCCAAGGGUUGCCUUAAAUUGUGCCAGGGCUGCUAUGACCGCGUAAAUAGACCUGGAUGUCAAUGCAAAAGAUCAAACACAGUUUGCCUUAAAGUUCCACACCUUCAGCCCAGGAACUUAGAAAAACCAACAUAGCACAGGUGAACGGAUGUUUAUAAAGAACAUAAUAACUUCAUUUAAACACUCAAAUGCAACCAUCUUGUUACAUUUUCGGAAAAAGUGUUGGGAUAGAAUUUCCUGUCUGCGGUGAAAUACUUGUCCGUCAACGGAUUUAGCCUUAAUAGAGAACCUCUAAUAAAGCUUACAGUAGGAUUCAAUGUUCUGUGACGAUUAUUGUGUAAGCAAUUGCAGCACAGGCACUCCUAUGUACCAUUGUAUUGUUUGUGAAUAGUACUUGGAACAUUUGUAAAAUUUGCAAAUGGCCUUUAUUUUGCCAGAGAUAUUAUGCUAUAUUUUUGUACAUAAAACAUAUUUACAACUGUGAAAAAAAGUGCCAUAUUUUUAUGGCACAGUCACAAAAUUAACUAAUGUACAUUCAAAAGAAUGUGAAUCAAUCAGUAUGGUUACAUUGUCCUUCGCCUUCUGGAACUUUAAUAUUAUCGGACUUUUAUUCUUUGGAUCUUAUCUAUAUUGUACAGUUACACUGUAAGAUUCAGCCUUUAUUUUCUAAUGUUUCAAUAUUGUUUAGUGUAAAGUAUAUUUAUUUGAAGUUUUAUUAUUUUAUAAAGAGAAAUAUUUAUUUUAUGAAGCAUCUUACAAAUGUCUCCCCUUUUUAUGAUGUAAGAUUCUGCAAAUUGGGGCUGACUGAGACAUAUGUUCACUAUAAAAUAGAAAUAUAUUAACGUCUGAAAAUGAAA